AUGUUCACCACCACCCUCACCCUCCUCACCCUCCUCGUCACCCUCACCACCGCCGCCGCCAACAACGCCGGCCUCCCCUUCCAAAUCUCCAACCUCAGCAUCGCCCGCGUCCUCGGCGGCAACGUGACCCUCACCUUCACCGUCCACGACCCCGACCCCCUCGGCAAAGCGACCAAAUCCUGCAGCGGCUCGUGGGUGACGGGCUCCAAAGCGUAUCCCGUAGACACGUACCAGGCCUGCGGCAACACGACGUUUGGCUGGCACAUGGAGAGCUACGAGAGCAUGGGCGAUUUCGUGCUGGGGCUGGAGCACUCGUACACGGAUCCGAGUGUUGGUGAGCCACCCUACGACCGCAUCACCAACUUUGCCAAGACGAACAUGACGCCCGCCAACCACCCGUGCAAGACCAAGAACGGGCAGAAGGUGUGCGCGCAAAAGAGCAACAGCGUCAUUAAAGCACCUAUAUGGGGCACGAUCGCGAAGGCGUAG